AAUGAAUCCAAAUUCAUUCAAACUCUACAAAUCGAUUUGCUCUGCAGUGACAGCAACUGGUUUGUCAUUCACAAACUUUACAAACAAAACAUUUAUUGGAAGAUCAGUUUAAUAUCUUGAGUAUAUAAAAAUUUAUAUGAUUCAGCCAUUUGAUUUAUACUAAGGCACCAAGAUUAUCAUACAUUGAACAUUAUGCUCCAGUAUAUACACCUAAGAGAGUCACAUAUGCUGCCCCAAUCUGUAUAGCUUUAGCUGGCACUGUAUUAUUAGCUGAAGUAAGAAAUUCAUAAUAAAUUAUUGAUAGAUUGCUUGGACUAACAAUGCCAAAGAAUAAGCAAAUAAUUAUUUUGUUGCAACAAGAGAAUGAA